UCCACAUCAAGGGCUGAUGUUCAUUUUCGUAAGCAACGAAAAACUUGGAGUCACUUUUAUUUCUCAGAAACGAGCAGCGAAGCCAGAACUCCUCCGUGAAGAUAGAACUGAAAGACCUUGAACAACAACAGAGAGAUGUGUGAAACAGCCGUUUUUGUUCCCGAGUCGGUGUUGAAGAAGAAUAAGCGAGAGGAGGAAUGGGCAUUGACGAAGAAGCAAGAGGUGGAAGCAGCGAAGAAGAAGAAGGCUGAGACCCGGAAGCUUAUUUACAACAGAGCCAAACAGUACGCUAAAGAGUACGAGGAAGAGCAAAAGGAACACAUUUAUUUGAAGCUUGAGGCUAUGCUUAUGUGUGGAUUGUACGUCAAACCAGAAGCUAAGCUCCUGUUCCUCGUCAGGAUUCGUGGUAUCGAUGCCAUUGAUCCAAAGACAAGGAAAAUUUCGCAGCUUCUCCGGUUGAGACAGCAUGGAAUUAUCUGCAUGGAAGAUCUCAUCCACGAGAUUAUGACUGUUGGUCCUCACUUCAAGGAGGCAAACAACUUCCUAUGGCCCUUCAAGCUCAAGGCACCAUUGGGUGGCUUGAAGAAGAAGAGAAGCCAAUAUGUUGAAGGUGGUGAUGCAGGAAACCGUGAAGAUUACAUCAACGAGCUCAUCAGAAGGAUGAACUAGGCUUCUGCAGCAUCUCCUUGUUUGAAGUUUUGUGUUUUGAUGGUCUAAGCUUCCAUUGCACAAUCCAUUAACAAUAGAAUACCUCCUCCUCCUAUAGGAAACAUGCACAUAAUAUGAACAGCAACGAGCUAACAACAGUCACAAUCCAAUGUGCAAAGUCUGUGUUCUUUAAAGAGUUGGAUUCUGCUUUCUUCAUGAAUGAUUGUGCUGCUUCUUUUAUUGAAGUAAUAUAGAAAUGAGUGUCCCUGUCUCUUUUUUUUUUCUUUCUUUUUUUUUUUGUAAAAUAAGCGGGAUGUGGGAUUCAAACUUGAGUACCACCGAAUUGAUUAUAUGCCUUAACCACCUCUGUUGAGGGGUAGUUUGUAGUGUCCCUAUCUCCGUUUCUUUUAUUGGCUGAAUUUGAUCAA